UUAGUAUUUGCGGAAUUAUUUCUUUUCUAUUAAGGUGAAGAAAAAAUAAUAAUAAUAGUGGGAAUUUGAUUCACAGUUUCAGCUUUAAAAGUUAAUGAAAAGAACUUUGACUAGAGCUUGACGGAAUAAGUCAGCGAGUACUUUUUUAGUUCAGAUGCAACGUUAGAUGCAAUCGGCUUUCUCAAACUUCAUUGUCUGCUUAACAACACGAGAUUACACGCAACUGAAAUGAAUUGUAUACGAUGUAUCAUGAAGAAAUUCAUUGGAGAGUGAGAAUUCUCUGCUGAAUAGCUAAAAUGGACUAGUUGUAUAUCACUUGAUGUAGGAAUAUCUGGGACACAGAGGAGCGCGAGAAGCGGCCACGAAUUGCACAAUUGGUGUUAUACUUAUUUUGCUUUGCAACAGUAUCCGACUUUAGCAAUUUUUGGAUGGAUUGAAUGGCUCAUAUUGAUGAAGUCAAUAAACCAAGUCUCGAAGCAGUGCUCAGUCGCAUUUCAAAGUGUUUAUGAAGAGGACAAUCUGUAUUUAAUUCGAAUUUAAAAGAUUUGUUCUACAAAUGGAAUUUCAAAUAUGAACAUUUUGGGAGACCCUUUCCAGCAGCAAUACAUUCAGCCGAUAUUGCUGACAUUUGAUAAAACAAAUCAGCGAUGGAUAUGUAUUUAAUAAAGCAAGGAGAAUAUUAAAAAUCGUGUGCUAUUUAUCAACUAAACACAGAAUCUGAUGUAAUAAUACAGGACAGGUUUUCCGCAUCAAAAUAACACAAUCUCGUGAAGAAGAGCAUGAUUUCAGUGCGAUAUAUUUAAAACUAUAAAUUCUGUAAUUCAAAAACGGAAUCUUGAGACACAAAAGGAUGGGAAUUUGGAAGAAUAUAAGAAUGCGUUGUGCAUUUCGAUAUUUAUUUUGUAUUUUAGUUCUAAUUUUAACAUUUAUUUCAAUCCAGUUGGCAAUGAUGUCGGACACAAGUGCGUAUUUCUUAAAAAAUAAUUUUCUAUCAAAACGAAUGCAAACGCAUUUAGAUGGUGGAAAUUCUUAUAAUAGUUAUAACAGCGGUGCUAGAAAUUUAAGUAAACAAACGCUUAAUAAAUUAGUAGGUAUUUCACUAAAGACAUUUUUGGCUUCUGGAACCUCGCGUCGGGCACCAAUCACAAUUUCCUGGCAGGAAUAUAGGAAUAACCCUUCUGCUCUAACCGGAAAUCCUCUUAUAGACAAUUAUGGAAAGAACGACCCUAGUAGAAUGGGUGAAAAUGGAUCCGGAGUUAUUCUCGUUGGUGCUGAGAAGGAAAAAGCUACACAAUUGAUAUCCAAAUACAAUGUAAACGUUUAUGCAAGCGAUAGAAUUCCACUCAAUAGAAAGGUACCUGAUGCCAGAUUUCCCGGAUGUAAAGAUAUCCCAUACCCGAGGGAUUUACCAACAACCAGCAUAAUAAUCCCAUUUUAUGACGAGUGGCCGUCCAUUUUGUUGCGGACUAUAUACAGUAUAAUCAACAGAACACCUAGGUCCCUUCUACAAGAAAUUAUCCUCGUGGAUGACGGGAGCCAGAUGGGUGAAUUGAAAGGUGACUUAGAUAGAUACAUUGAAACCCAUUUUCCGAAAGGGCUGGUCAAAAUGAUCCGAGUUCCGGAGCGAAGAGGACUUAUACAAGCUCGACUAGCAGGAUACAGUAAUUCCACAGGGGAUGUCAUCAUCUUCUUCGACAGUCAUAUGGAGGUUAACAUAGAUUGGUUACAGCCUCUGCUCACAGAAAUAAAGAAAGAUCGUACGACUAUAGCUAUGGGUAAUUUAGACUAUAUUCAGUUAGACUCCAUGGAAUAUAAGUACUAUCAAGACUAUAUGACCAGAUAUGGAUUUGACUGGAGACUCGUAUUCUUCGAAACAUUCUUCAGAAAUGAUCAGAUUGGAUCCAAAUCAACUGAUACCAGGCCAGGAACGGUGAUGGUUGGAGCAGCCUAUGCAAUAGAAAGAAAUUUCUUCCAAGAGAUGGGAAAAUAUGACGAGGGCAUGAAAGUAUGGGGAGGGGAAAAUUUAGAAAUGGCAUGGAGGAUUUGGUUGUGUGGUGGCAGACUUGUUCACGCGCCUUGUUCACACAUUGGUCACGUGGCGCGUUCGCAACCGUACUCAUUUCCGGGUGGUAGAGAAGCCAUUGAGCAGUUUAAUUACAAACGAGCUAUAGAGGUCUGGAUGGACCAAGAACACAAAGACCUAGUCUAUAACUACUUUCCUCAAAUGAAAACGCUUGAUGUGGGAGAUCUGUCAGAGCGCCUUGAACUGAAGAAAAGGCUUAAAUGUAAACCAUUUUCCUGGUUUAUGGAGAAUGUCUGGCAAGAGCUGUUUGUUAUGAGUAAAAACGUUACAGCCUGGGGAUCCGCAAGAAACUUACAUACCAACAAAUGCUUAGAUAACCAUCAGUACCUUUUCCAAGCUCCAGAACCACUCUAUGCUGAGUCAUGUCAUUACAUGUACGCUGCCCAGGGGUUUUCCAUGACGAAUGACAAGUUGUUAAGAACUUCCCUGCAAUGUGUUGUUGUAAAGGAAGAGAUGGAGGGAGCCAGACCAAAACUUGAAGACUGUAUCAUUGGUCCACGUGACACGUGGGUUCACAAACAAGGAGGUUAUAUCAAACAUGAGAAAUCCGGUUUGUGUCUCGAUUUAGACGAACAGGGUCCCGUGAUGAAAACGUGUGAUCCGACUGCUGUAACACAGAUAUGGCAAUUUAACACAUACGUUUCGUGACAGCAGCUCAUCAAAUUACAAAAUAGAUCGUUCAUUACUUGCUUAAACAUUAAAACGCAAUUUCUGAUCUCAUUAUUCGGACAUGUUCUGUUAUUACCAAAAUUACUUUUUACCAAAGGCCGAAUAUAUCUGUGGACCCGCAUGAAAUUCAGAUUAAAAUAUCUAGUCGGAAAGGAGAUUUUUUUAUGUUAAAAAAAAAGUGCUUAAAGUCAUGUUGAACAUAGUAUUACGACACAGUGAAACCGCUUCAAAUGGACGCAUUGGAAAGACAAACAUUUACUUGUACAUUUGUGGUGCAGAGGUGGCAAAAUUGAAGGACCUAGUCCAAUAGGAUGAAAUAAUUAAGUCGUCUUUACGUAACAGGGUAUUUCUCAUCAGAAAUUUCAUUUUGUACUCUCGGAUUCAACGCUUUUAUUUGCGCUUUAAUAACAUUCGUCAGAAGAGAAUGUAUUUUUGCUGCUAGUGAAAAUAUUUUUGAUUUGCAAAUCCAGAUGUUGCUUUAUUAGUUACAUGCCAUGGCGAAUCUCGAUUGUUUUAGUAGAUGUCUUACCUUGCCAGAGUGUUCAGCGACUUUGCUUCAUAAUAUUUAAUGGAUGCCCAUGUCAUUUUGUGCAUCAGAGAUUUGAGCCCAGGUAUAGGAUGCAUGCUGCCUUGCCACUGUGUCAAGACUUGGAUCAUGUCCAGGACCCAUAUUAAUUUCAACAAAAUUAAUGCUGUCGCAAAACUUCCGUCACAUUCCGCAUUAAUAGUGCCACUGACAGUUUAAAAUCAUCAUCAUUAUCAUCAUCAUCAUUAUGACAAAGUUACAUUUUAGCGAAAUAUAAUGUUCUUUCAAAUAAAUUUGGUUCUUGCGAAUAUGUACCCAUAUAUGUGCAUAAAGACAUUUAAACACACAAUAUAUUGUUGUCUGUGAGUCUGUCAAAAUAAUCCGCUAGACACGUUUUGCAAAUUCCUAAAACUUUCCUGCUAUUUCAUAUACGAUGUAAUUAUAUUGUGGACAUUCAAAGAAAUGUAAAACCUACGUCAGGAAUCGCAACGUAACGUCAGGUAAGAUACGUUUUGACGUCGCUGCUCAAAUUUUGUAUCCAGAGCAGUUGGGAAGCGAUCAUUUUGAUGGAUAUGCAGACAGUAAAUGUGCCAUGAUCUUGCUACAACUGUUAAUUGUAUUUAUUGUUUGUUUAUGUUGCCAGAGAAGGAAAUUGAUUGCAAAAACA